ACAAGCAGACGAUACGAACUCGCUUAAGUUUCAAUCGGUGGUCAUUCAUCUAAGCCAGCAAAACUAUAGGAGCAUGAUUCCAAUACAAAAAAACUGUAAGCAGUUAGUCAAAUUUUAUUUGGGUGCCACAGGUGCUGCAUGGGAUGUAAAAUGUGUCUCGACCGUCUCUUCACUUUUUCAACCGAUUUGCCUGCCUCCAAAAGAUGCAACAAUAAAGAAAGAUGAACCAACUUCAAAGAGUCAAAAGUUGUUCAGUGAGUUGGGCAUUGUUCGGCAAAGCAGCCCCGGAUUGCUUGUGCUGACUCCCCUAGGGAUAAGGUCUCUGGAAAAACUAGUAAAGAUUGUUGAUGAAGAGCUGAAAAAUGUGGGGUGCCAAAAGCUUCAACUCCCUAUUUUGACUGCUGGUAACCUGUGGAAAACAACAGGACGAUGGGAGUCCACUGGGCUGGAGUUACUAACCAUCAAGGACAGACAUGAUAGAGACUAUGUGCUUAGUCCAACCCAUGAGGAAGCCAUAACCGAUUUGGUUGCAUACUUGCCGCAGUUGACCCACAAACAACUGCCUUUGAAACUCUAUCAAAUUACCAGCAAGUUCAGGGAUGAGAUUAAACCACGUUUUGGUUUACUACGGAGUAGGGAGUUUACGAUGAAAGAUUUAUACACUUUCGAUAAAAAUGCCGAGACAGCCCUACAGACGUACGAAUUGGUAUGCAAGGCGUAUGACACCAUUUUCCAACGUCUAAACACACCGUUCAUCAAAGUUGCCGGUUCCACUGGAAACAUUGGAGGUCUGUCUUCCCAUGAAUAUCAUUUUCCAUCAUCCAUUGGUGAAGAUGAUUUAAGGCUAUGUCCUGUUUGUCACUUCGGAACCAAUGCAGAACUUUCGCCACUUGAUAUAUGUAAGAAAUGUGGAAGCACCAACAUGAAAGACACUAAAGGAAUAGAGGUUGCACACACUUUUCUCCUUGGAACCAAGUAUUCCCAAGUACUGAACGCAUUUUUCAGCUCCGAUGAUGGUACUCGUUCAGUUUGUCAAAUGGGCUGUUACGGUAUUGGAAUCAGCCGGAUCUUGGCAGCGUCUGUUGAAGUUCUGGCAACAGACAGUGAAAUUAGAUGGCCAAAAUUAAUUGCUCCCUACAGCGUUUGCGUGGUUGCACCCAAGGUGGGCAGCAAAGAAGAAUCAGCAAUUUCUCUUGCCCAUUUUGUAGCUAGUCAAAUAGACCAAAUAAAACCCUUUACACAAGAUGUUAUCCUGGAUGACAGAAGUGCAACAAUAGGCAAAAAACUAAUAGAGGCUAAGCGCAUGGGAUAUCCAUAUAUUGUCGUUUUAGGGAGGAAGUCCAUUGAGCAAGUACCAUUAGUAGAACUGCAUGAUUUGACCAAAAACACUCAAAAUGUGUUUACUGUAGCUCAGCUCUUUGAAUAUCUAGAAAUGUCUGAAACAUAGUUAACUGUUUCUUCCAUGACUACAUGUUUGCAUUCUUUUAUGAGUGAGGAAAAAUGGAUGAGAAAGAUGGUUGAAUAAAUGAUAGAGCAGAA